AUGACUAUAACUCAGGAUGCGCCACCGGUGCCAAAUGGCCAGAAAGACGGUGCCACCGAGAGACCGCUCAUCGUGGAGCCUUUAAAGCUGAAGGGUCUCUUGGAUAACUACAAGUCCUAUAACGUCACUCCCACAAUCGGAACGGAGUUCCCUAACGCCAACGUGGUGGAAUGGAUGAAAGCUACGAACAGUGAUGAACUUAUCCGGGACUUAGCUGUCACCAUCUCUCGUCGAGGCGUUGUUUUUUUCCGCGCCCAAAAUGACCUUACCGAUGAGCUUCAAAAGGAGUUGGCCCUUCGCUUAGGCCGUCUCACAGGCAAACCGGAAUCCUCAACACUGCACAUCCACCCUCUGACCAACUACAAUGAUGAUCGGGACCCGAAUCUCAACGUUAUCACCACCGACAAGGCCACUAACCCUGCAGAGGACCUUUGGAAAAACAGGCCCGCCGAUAUCAGAAAUAGUUGGCAUACGGAUACUAGCUAUGAACCCAAUCCCGCCGACUACUCGAUCUUGAAGCUCAUCAAGCUGCCCGAAACCGGUGGAGACACAAUGUGGGCCUCAUCCUGUGAAAUCUACGACAAAAUCUCCCCCGCCUACCGCAGCUUCCUGGAAAGCCUUACUGCCACCUUCUCCCAGUCUAGAUUACCAGUCACGGCUGCUCAGAAAGGAUUCGACCUUUACUCCAAGCCCCGUGGGUCCCCCAACAACGUUGGCACUUCUCUCACUGCCGUCCACCCGGUCGUUCGCACCAACCCCGUCACAGGGUGGAAGAGUCUUUUUGGCGUUGGAAACCACAUCGAACGCAUCAAUGACGUGACCCCCGAUGAAAGCAGGCGGUUGCAUGAUUGGUUCCUGCAGAUGAUCGUUGAGGAACAUGAUUGUCAAUUGAGGCAUCGGUGGGAAAAUCCCUACGACAUCGCUAUCUGGGAUAACCGCUCGGUUUACCACACCGCUAUUUUUGAUUUUGCUGGCUUGGGCGCCCGUACAGGUCAUCGUGCUGUUGGAAUCGGCGAGAGACCCUACUUCGACCCGAACAGCAAGACCCGUCGUGAAGCCCUUGCUAUGGAAUGA